AUGGCUUCGAUCGAAUCCGGGACUGGGUCUGGGACUGUCCUGGGCCAGCAGUUCACAAAGUCCGUUAUCGAGUCCAUAGGCCCCAAGGCCUCCCCCCGCCUCCGCGAGGUCAUGGCUUCUCUGAUCCAGCAUAUCCACGACUUUGCCAGAGAGGUGGAGCUCACGACGGACGAGUGGAUGGCAGGCGUACAGCUCAUCAACGCGGCCGGGCAGAUGAGCAACGACAAGAGAAACGAGGGACAGCUGCUGUGCGACGUGAUUGGACUGGAGUCCCUGGUAGACGACAUCACCUUUUCUGCAGCCGCCAAGAAGACAAACGGGCUGACGGCGUCGGCCAUCCUUGGACCCUUUUGGAGACGAGACACGCCUCGACGGCAGAACGGAUCCACCAUCGCUCUCGACAUGCCCCCGGACGGACGGGCUGUCUACAUGCAUGGCAAGGUCAGCGAUGUGGACACGGGGAAGCCGCUGGUCAGCGCGUCCCUCGAUGUCUGGCAGGCCUCCACAAACGGCCUCUACGAGCAGCAAGACCCCGAGCAAAGGGAGUACAACCUCCGCGGCAUUUUCCAGACCGAUGCGCGCGGCAGGUACGCCUUCUACUGCCUGAAGCCGACGGCGUAUCCCGUGCCGACCGACGGUCCGGCAGGACAGCUUCUUCAGAAGAUGGACCGACAGGUUUUCCGUCCCGCGCACAUUCACCUCAUGGUCCAAGCCGACGGCUAUAAGCCGCUGACGACGCAGAUUUUCGACAAGUACUGCCAGUAUCUUGGCGAGGACUCGGUGUUUGCGGUCAAGGACGAGCUAAGCGUGGAAUUCGUGCCGCGAGAGGGGGAUUCGCAGGCUGGGCUGCAGCUGGAGUACAAUGUCACUCUAAAGAGGGCUGACGUGGAGGAAACAUAG